GGAGGGAGUGCCUGUCACUUGAACGCACCGGAUGAGCACCCUUCCCUUCCUCCGCUCGGCCGGGUUGGUGUGUCUUCCUUCCGGCUCGCCGAAGAAAGUUGAGGGAGGUUCAGCGGCAACUGGGCUUUUAUAUAAUGGACAGCCAGGGAAGGAAAGUGGUGGUCUGUGACAAUGGGACCGGGUUUGUCAAGUGCGGCUAUGCAGGCUCCAACUUCCCAGAGCACAUAUUCCCUGCGCUUGUUGGGAGGCCCAUCAUCCGCUCGACAGCCAAAGUGGGAAACAUUGAGAUUAAGGACCUGAUGGUGGGGGACGAGGCCAGCGAGCUGCGCUCCAUGCUGGAAGUCAACUACCCCAUGGAGAACGGCAUCGUCAGGAACUGGGAUGACAUGAAGCACCUGUGGGACUACACCUUCGGCCCAGAGAAGCUCAACAUCGACUCCCGCAACUGCAAGAUCCUGCUGACCGAGCCCCCCAUGAACCCCACCAAGAACCGCGAAAAAAUCAUUGAGGUGAUGUUUGAGACCUACCAGUUUGGAGGGGUCUACAUUGCUAUUCAAGCCGUGCUGACACUGUACGCCCAAGGCCUUCUGACCGGUGUGGUGGUGGACUCUGGUGACGGUGUGACACACAUCUGUCCAGUGUACGAGGGCUUCAGCCUGCCUCACCUGACAAGACGCCUGGACAUCGCAGGCAGGGACAUCACCCGCUACCUCAUCAAGUUGUUGUUGUUGAGGGGUUACGCCUUCAACCAUUCUGCGGACUUUGAGACGGUUCGCAUGAUGAAGGAGAAGCUGUGCUACGUUGGCUACAACAUCGAGCAGGAGCAGAAGCUGGCUCUGGAGACCACCGUGCUGGUGGAAUCAUACACGCUGCCAGAUGGUCGUGUGAUCAAGGUGGGAGGAGAGCGGUUUGAGGCCCCGGAGGCUCUGUUCCAGCCCCACCUCAUCAACGUGGAGGGCGUCGGAGUGGCCGAGCUCCUCUUCAACACCAUCCAGGCCGCCGAUAUAGACACCAGGCCUGAGUUCUACAAACACAUCGUGUUAUCAGGAGGAUCCACCAUGUACCCCGGCCUGCCUUCUCGGCUGGAGAGGGAACUCAAGCAGCUGUACCUGGAGCGUGUGCUCAAGGGAGAUGUUGACAAGCUUUCGAAAUUUAAGAUCCGGAUCGAGGAUCCUCCCAGGCGAAAGCACAUGGUGUUCCUGGGUGGAGCCGUGCUGGCCGACAUCAUGAAGGACAAGGACAACUUCUGGCUGACCCGGGAGGAGUACCAGGAGAAAGGAGUCCGCGUGCUGGAAAAACUCGGAGUCACCGUCAGAUAAAGCACUGGACGGACAGACCACACACACACACAAACACACACAGAUACACACAGAUACACACACAUACAUGGCAUAAACACAUUUCCCCUCGCCCACAUUGCAGAGUAUAUAUCUAUUUAUCCCUCUUCUUCUCUCUUUUGGCUCUUCUCUCCUCAAACACCAGAGGGAAUCGAGCCGUCUCCUCCUCCUCCUCCUCCUCCUCCUCCUCCUCCUCUCUCCUCCUCUCUCCUCCUC